UCGGGCACACUCGCGCAGACGCUCAUCAACGACGACGAGGCGCGCGCCACCAGCCGCAUCAGCACCACCGACACCACCACCAGCAGCAUCAGUAGCAGCAGCAGCAGCCGCCCCGUCUCUCCGUCCUCCCUCUUCUUCCACAUAGCUCAGUAGUGCUGACUCAGUGCCUUCCCGCCCGUCUCUGUGCCGCCGUCCUCCUCCAUCCCAGCAGCAGCACUCAACGCACCCAACGGAAAACAUGGCUAAGACAGCGAUCGCCUACAAAGAGAAGAUGAAGGAGAUCUCAGUUAUAUCGCUGAUCUGCUCCUGCCUCUAUCCAGAGAGCCGCAAGGACAUCCUUGGGGACUUUGAAGAGAAGCCCUCUGCUUUGCUCGCAGACAUGGACAUCAAGCCCAUCAACAAGCGGGCCUCGGGCCAGGCCUUCGAGGUGAUCCUGAAGUCCCCGUCCCCCGUGUCCGACGCCUCCCACUGCGUCACCACCCCCCCCAAGAAGGACAUCUCCCUGGAGGACAUCCAGAAGAAGCUGGAGGCAGCUGAGGACCGGAGGAGAUCCCAGGAGGCCCAGGUGUUGCGGGCCCUGGCGGAGAAGAGGGACCACGAGCGCGACGUGCUGAUGAAGGCCAUGGAGGAGAACAGCAACUUCAGCCGCAUGGCCGAAGAGAAGCUGCAGCUGAAGAUGGAGCAGAUCCAGGAGAACCGGAUGGCCUACCUGGCCUCCAUCAUGGAGCGCCUGCAGGAGAAGGAGAAACAUGGCCAGGAGGUGCGCAGGAACAAGGAGCUGAGGGAAGAGAUCACAGCGUGAACACGCCAACACGCGACGCCGCCUGCCUCCCCUGCGCCAGAUACACCCACAUGACCCCCCCCACCCCCCAACCACCACCUGUUACCACCUGACCCCCUGCCCACACCCUCCUACCGCUACCCCUCCCCCCUCCAGCCACCUCCCCACUCCGCCAUUCACCCAUACUACUACUACUACUAUUACUACUACUACUACUCCUAUUACUUCUACUACUACUACAAAACUAUCAGCGCCUUGUGUGGGGGGAGACGUUUAAAAUUACAGAUAGCAUAGCAAAGCAGGGGGGGAAACAAAAUAAAAUAAUUUAAAAAACGGAAUAAAAAAAAUGUGAUUAAUGUACCCCUCUCCCCCCAAACAAAAGAAUGUUUUUGCUCUGUUUCAAAUGUGAGAAAAAAAAAAACGAAUUGACAAAGUGACAGUAGAUAUUGGUUUUGUGUAAAUACUUCUUUUUUUUGUUAUAUACUGUACGAUUCAAGCAGCAAAAGUAUUGAUUGCCGUGUGCCAUUUUAUAUAUAAUUUUCCUCUCCCUACAUAUAUGGACGUAAUCCUUCAUUGGUUCAUUCAUUUCUAUUGUUUGUUUUUCGUUGAAAUUUCUCUUGUACGGUAACAGGCUUUGGUGAUUGUUGUGAGUUUGCUAGCUAGCUGACGUUCGUCGUAAUUGGUCGCAUCCCGACUAGGCCCUGCCCCCCCUGUUCUCGUUCCCGCCCACUGCUGACCUGAACUUAAAGGUACAGGGUGCGUAACUACACCUGAUCUAGAGACGGGAACGAGAGCAUGGCGGUCAGCUGAGGUCUUUUUCUGUGUCCGUGUGGAGAACCUAAACAUCGUAUAUCCACUCCCGGCAGGUGGUGGAUGAGCGUAGGCCCACCAAUAGGAAAACACCACGACUACGACAGCAUUUAAAAUAGCCCUCUACUUCUCUACACUUUCCACUGUCCAGACGCCUCUGCCUCUAUACUACACUUCCGUCUGACACAGGUUUUAAAGAAACAUACAUAGGAAUGUACUCACUCACUGGCUGUCCAGAAACGGGCCGGAUUCAGCAAAUCACAGCAAACUAUUGCUGAAUUCUGUCUCCGUAGCAACACAGCUCAUUCUCAUCCCUGAUCAAUGGCUGGCCUGAGUUGGAAAAACAAACUGUCAUCACGAAGAUGACCGUACAUUAUCCAUUCUGAUGACUCGACCGUUAAAGUAUUUGAAUGCAUGGCAACACAUUUGACAGAAUUAUUGAUUAAGAAAAACAGAUGCAUUUUCCAAGCACAUCCCAUUUUUGUCAGAAAAGUAAAAGGCUACAGUGUAACAUCCGCUUCUAGUGAAGUAACCAUUCCCAUAUUAUGUUGUGUGGAUCACAUUACAUACCUGUGUACUUUGUGCCAGAUAGUAGGAGCAAUGCCAAAUCUGAGAAACAAACCGUUCCUUAUGAAUAUGUCAGUAUUUGUUCGCUAUUGGAUGCCCGCCAAAUGAAAGAAGUCAUUCAUUCAAAAUAAACACAAUUAGAAAUGUUGAAGCCAUACACAAUAGGUAAUCGCUUGGAAUAUGUCAAGCCUACACAAUAUUAUCUGAAACACUCGUAUCGCACAUUACCAGGGAUGUUAAUGCAUGGGUUCGAGACCCAGCAGUCACAUUGACACUGCUGGCCUUUUUGAGUGUGUGUAUGUAUUUCAUGGAAGGGUGGGUAGAUAGAUUACAUUAGUGCCACGUGCUUUUUUUCUCUGGUUAAAAAUACAACACAAAGUAUAAUGUCACUCAUCAUCACUUACAGUACACUAUGUGGUUAAAGGCUACUGAAUAUCUGUUGCACAUGGUUUCAGAAAUUCGCCACACCUACUUGCCUGCCCGCCUUUCUCUCGCUCUCUUGCCGUCUGUGUGUUUCCCCUUCUCCAUGUGUACCUUUGUGAGCAAGCAGUGGUUAUUAAAGAUUUGGGAUUCAUGGAAUGAAA